AUGGGUCGUUGCAGUGACUGCAGCGACGAGCGAGACAGUAUGAGAAGGUCACCAUCAUCUAUUGACGAAAGUUUCAGAGGUUAUAGAACCAGAAGUUGUCCCUCGUGUGGUCAUCAGAUCAAAUGUCAAGACAAGGCUGGAAUACAUGAUCUGCCGGGGCUGCCGGCUGGAGUGAAGUUUGAUCCAAGUGACCAGGAGCUUCUUGAACAUUUGGAGGCGAAGGUGCGGUUGGAUGCUCAUAAGCUUCAUCCCCUAAUUGAUGAGUUCAUCCCUACACUGGAUGGAGAGAAUGGAAUUUGCUAUACCCACCCAGAGAAAUUACCAGGAGUAAACAAAGAUGGCCUAAUACGACAUUUCUUCCAUAGACCUUCCAAAGCAUACACUACCGGAACUCGGAAAAGAAGAAAAGUUCACACGGACAUCGACGGGAACGAAACACGGUGGCACAAAACCGGGAAGACAAGGCCAGUUUUCGUAAAAGGCAAAGUGAAAGGGUACAAGAAGAUACUUGUGCUCUACACCAACUAUGGAAAACAAAAGAAGGCUGAGAAAACAAAUUGGGUGAUGCAUCAAUACCACAUUGGCAAUAAUGAGGAUGAGAAAGAUGGAGAGUUAGUAGUUUCAAAGGUUUUCUACCAAACUCAGCCUAGACAAUGUGGUUCCAUUGUGAAGGACUCAUCGCCUGCGAAAUCAAACGGUCGAAGUGGGCGCGAUGAUCCUCAUCUUAAAGACACUGCCUUUGUUGAAUACUGCAAUCCUUCUCUCAUCUCUUUCAAUCAAAGUGAGCAGAAUCAUUCGACUGCUCGGCUGAUUUCAAAUUUUAAUGUCCCUCGUGGUUCUUUUAUUCCUUGACAAUGUGAAGAGCCUAUAGACUCAUGAUCCUAGUACUCAGGAAUGUAACUAUAUAUGUCCAAAUGCAGGUUCAAAUUACUUCGCAGUAGCAUUGAUGAAAUAAAUUAAAACAUUGGUAUCUUUUAGGAGGAAGCAAAGGCUGGGAAGAGUAAGAAGGGUUUCUUUUCUUGAGGAAUAUGGACAAAUAAUUCUAAGAUUGAAGUUGAAGAUUUAGCUAUGCAGCAUUUUCUUAUAUUCCAUGCAGAUAUUAAUUGUAUUUGUGCGUUGUGCAAGUAGGACUGAUGUCAAAUUUACAAGGACUUUGAUCUGGGAAAGUGAUUGUAUAUGGUAAUGUAACUGUACAGAGAUUACAUCUGCAAUUGUUGUCUCUAAUAUAUAUCAGCUUAAUUCCUUGUUCUUUUGAACUUGCAACAAUAUU